AUUUCACCAGCCUAACAGAAACAUUAUCAGCUCGUUGGCAAAUAAGCCGCAAAUGAGGAAGUUGUCUUUUUUUACCCCCCGAUUCUUAAAAUGCUAUAAAGCUAAGAGAGCAAAGUGUGGAUUUCACAGGACACCAUGACCUUCAGAUUCAUACUGCUGCUGCUCUGUGCAUUCCAGGGAGCUGAAGGCACUUGGAUCGUUGGUGGUAGAGAUGCUGUCCCCCACUCGCGGCCUUACAUGGUCUCGCUGCAAAUCCAAGGUCGACAUGUCUGCGGCGGCGUGCUGAUAAGAGAAGAUUUUGUGCUCACAGCAGCACAUUGCGACUUGAUAGUACCAUACACAGUUGUGCUUGGAGCAGAUACACUGGAAGCCAACGAGCCAGCAAAGCAGAGCCUUCGUGUUCUCAGAUCCUUUCCCCAUCCAGACUACACUGAACUUGCAAAUGACAUCAUGCUAUUGAAGCUUAGCAGCAGGGCAAAUCUUACUAAAGAAGUGCAAUUGAUCUCUCUGAAGUCUGGUCGCCUCAGAACGGGAAGUAGUUGCAUCACAGCAGGUUGGGGGGACAUAGCAGACAACAGGACCUUGGCAAACAGGCUUCAGGAGGUCAACGUCACAAUUAUGUCACCACGAACAUGUCAGAGGAGAUGGAGAGAAGUUCCCAUAGCCAGAACGAUGGUUUGUUCCAUGGGUUCACGGAACAUACAGGGCUUCUGCUCGGGGGAUUCAGGAGGCCCCUUGGUGUGUGACGGAGCUUCAGCAGGUGUUGUCUCUUUCUCCGGGCGGCGAUGUGGAGACCUGAGGACUCCUGAUGUUUACACACGUGUUGACUCCUUCAGGGAGUGGAUUGAAAAAGUGCUGAAAGAAAAUUAGACAAAUUAACUUUACUUGGUCCUUUUUCUACUACCAAAGGCAAAACGGACAAAUUGUUCUGCAUUUCAAAUCUAAUUUUUCUUCACUACCUGUAAAAGUACAUAAAACGUCUGCAAAAAUCCAUUAAAUCCCUACAGCGAGUGGGUGAGGAGAAGUUAUUAGAAAGUAUUUAUUUCUUAUGGAAAACAAGAUCUGAUGCAAAGAUAAUGGACAGAGCUUGUGAAAAUCUGUUAUUUUCAGUCAUAUAUCGUGGUGGUCAAUGAAUAAAUUAGCACUUUCAGAUGUACAUUUCUCUGUUACAAGUAAAUCCUGGUCAAAAAACAAUUAACCAAUUGUGGUAAUUUUGAAUUAAAUGUUUUAACUGCA